CACGGGGACGCCUGGGAGGCGGGAACGCAGCUCCGGAGCCGACCGGAGCUGGACCCGCCCUCAACCCGGCGGGAAAACCUUGAGGAGAUAUUUUCUUUUUUAAACAUUAAGAAAUUUGAGGAUGGUGGGGCAGAACAGCUAAGUCCCAUUUGCCUGUGAUUCCUUAGGCGGAAAACUGUCAAAAUCUGUGGAUAAAUUCAUGAGAUAAGAAAAAGGAUGGCAUCUAGAAUAAAUACCAGUUUCACUUUGAUUCCCAACCAGAAAUAUAGACGUAGUAAUCGUCGAUCCAGCAGCUAUUUUUCCAACACCCUUGGCUCAGAUUCUCAGCCCUUAUCAACGCUUGGAAAUUUUAAAGCCUUGCCGUUGGAAAUAUUCCAAAUAAUCUUAAGAUAUUUAUCAGUGAAGGAUAUCAGCAUGCUAAGCAUGGUGUCCAAAACAGUCAGCCAGCACAUUAUUAAUUAUAUUUCAACCUCGUCAGGAAGCAAAAGACUUUUACUACAGGAUUUUCAUAACCUUGAGCUGCCUAGCAAGAGACAAGACUCUGCCAUACUGGAACAUUACAGAUCUCUAGGUCUGCUGUUUAAAAGAUGUACGUUGCUGCUACCCACAAGGGAAAGACUAAAGUACAUUCACAAAACACUGGCAGAAGUUUCCUGUUUUAAAUUCAAUGGCUGUGCAGCUCCUAUCCAAUGUUUAGGAUUAUCAUGUUAUGGCAUAUUUUUACAGACCUUAACGGCAGGUUGGGAUGGACUCGAAUGCCAUCGCGUGUAUAACUUCUUAUGUGAGCUGACUAAUCUCUCCCGCAAGAUGCAGGCCGUUGUCUGCAGCAAACCAGGAAGUGCCCGAAAACUGGAGUUAAGGAUAAGACUGUUCUGUAGGAACGUCCUGCUUGAUCAUUGGAUACAUCGGAGUGAUUCUGCUUUUUGGUUGACACGUAUAUUAAAACCAUGGCCAAUGGUAAAUCAGGCAAGAUUAUUAUAUAUCAUCUUCGGACCAGUAUCUCCUCAAGAUGGACAGGUGGUUUGGCAGAAAAUGAUAGAAGGACCUACAGAUGAAUCCAGUCUGAAAGGUUUGGCUGAUGCUAUUAAAUUACUGUAUGACACAGGCACCAAAGAGUGGACAGCAGAUGAUGUUAUCAGUCUUGUAGAUGAACUAUCAGUGGUUCCCCGUGAGUGGCUCCUGGAGAAUAAUGCACGUCUCCUAAUCCUAAGUGGAAACAACAUCUGUUUCACUUUCAUGGCGAGUAAAGCUGUGAAUGGACGGGCCAUUGAACUGGCAAAGCUGAUAGUCUUUUUGGCUUUGGUUUGUGAGAAAGAACUAUACUGCAUGGAUUGGGCAGUUAAAAUGAUGCAAAAAGUCUGUAAAGUCUUUAGCACUCCCAUGGAAAGAAAUAACUUCCUGCAGAGUGUGGCGAAUGCAUUCGCAUGUGUUAUAAUGGAAAUGCUUCAGUCGAUUAUGUCCGGAGACCGUGACGAAGAUGACAGAAGCUUUCUGAAUUUGUUCCAUCUUGUGCAUGCUCAGGCAAACUUCCAUAAGGAGGUCUUGUAUUUGACCAUGAAUACUCUUUCUACCUAAAUACUCAGGAAGUCUUGCAUUUCGAGAAUACCUCACCGAAGAAACAAUCAGAAGAGUGCUACUGUUCCACACUCAAAGAAUAACAUCCAUGGGACUUUUUAUGACCUAAGUAACCUAAAAACUUAAGAAGAAAAAUUUAGAAGCAACUGCUUGUACCAUUAUUAAUAUAAAAAUUACAGGCAAACCCAAGAGUGUAUUGAGAUUUCUCCAGAAAACAAGCUGUGCCUUUCCAGAUUUUGGUAAACCUAACGCCCAACUACAUAGAGCAUUAGUGCCCAGUUGGGGGCCAACCUGUAUGUAUUGGAUGUUGGAAGCAAGGGAAAAUUCUAUUUUGUAAGUAGAGGUGACUCAAAUUCAUUAAGUGGCUUCUAUAUGUUCACUUUGCUUAGGUCGUGUAGACAUAACCUAGUAUGCUUUAUAAAGAACUGUAAUAUGAUGCUUUGGAAUGUGCAGAUAGAAAUCACAUUUUUUACCACCUUAUGGCAUAGAACAUAUUUCGUUGAUGUUUUACGUGAACUAACAGAUCAAAAACUAAAGGAAGUGUGUGUAUAUAUAUAUUCAUACGUAUAUACAUAUGUCUGUAUAUUUCUAUACACACACACACACACACACACACACACACACACAUUUCCUUCUUUAAGACAAAAGUCUAUAAAUAGAGAAAAGUAUAUGUUGUCUUAAUACAAUUAAGUCAUCUUUUAUUCCUUCCUGGAGAUUAGAGUAAAAUGUUGCAAAUAAGGGAGAAUAUAAAAUGAAAGAAAGUACCCAUUCUGCUGCCAGAACAAUCUUCACAAAUAAUUUGCACUUCUUCCUAAAGCUUUCCUCUCUCUCUUCAAGAGUGGGGUUUGAGGGAACCUGGAAGCAGUGUGCAUGGGGAGGGCAGCCCUGAGAGAGUGGGGUUUCACUCCAGCAAAUGCAUUCCAAAGAUGCUCCAGGACUAUUUCAGUCUGACUAGCAUUUACCCACCACUUUUACUAUUAAAAUAGAAACGAACACUGUCUCAUGGGGUUGAAAUCAUGCUGGGGCCCUCGUGGAUCUCCCAUUUUCUUCUCCUUGGGUUUGACCAUUUUAUUUCUGCUGAAGAUAUACUCAUUCCUACUGGACUUCUUAGAGGAUGGCUUUCUUUUUCUAAGCCUUUGACUUAACUCACCUCUGCAUCUGAGGAAGGAAAGGAACACUAGAAAAUACGGAAAUUACCCACAGGAGUGGGGUGUAAAUUGUGUAAUUUGUGGAAAAUUCUCAAAUUUGGCAAGAGUUUAAUAAGAUAGAGGAAGAGUGAAAAUUUGGGGAAAAAUAUAAAUUGUGAUAAAAGAUUUUACUAUAUUUCAGUAACAAAGGCACUUACCUUCAUUUUUGAAAUAUUGGAAGUUAACUACCUUUCUGUGAUGAAUCGUCCAACUAUAAUUUCAUCAAUGGCAGAAAUUUUUUUCUCCAGAGUUUAGUAUUUGCAUAUUCAUGCAGAAACAAAGUUCUUGCUUUUCUCCUGGUUUCAUUUUCUUCCUCUCAUUUUAAGAAUUCACCCACAACUAAAUUAUAAGGAUUAAAAAUUGGCAAAGACCAGAAUACAAAAUAAUACCUUGAUUUUUAGCAUUUUCUUCCCCCCCUCACUCUUUUUCCUGUACAUGCUCUGGAAAGCCUAAUCCAUAUAUUUAUCAAAACACUGGUGAUUCCAAAUCGACAGUAUACCCAUUAGAUUAUUUGGGGCAGGGAAAGAAGAGUAGAGGAAAAAGUAAAAAUUUUAAUAUAUACUGAAUAUUUUUAGUAUUUUACUCAAUAGAUAUUUUCAUUCUCUUAGAGAAAGAAAUUUGGCUUUGUGAAGUUUCCUUGAAUUAUCCAAGUCCCCACAGUGGUUUUCGAAAGAAGCAUGGUUUAACUUUACAUGUUUUUGACCCAGGUUUUAAAUCUGUACACUUGACCUGACGUGACUGCUACUAUAAAAUUUUUUUACACGUAUUAUUAUAUUAUCCUGGAUAAUUGUGAGAUUAUUAUGUCACCCUCCUCCAAAAUUUGGACUAUAAAAAAAUCGAAUUCAUCUUUGGGUACAGUAGAUAAAUGAUAUUGUCUCACUACCAAUAAAAAGUAAACUGACUUUAUUCAGUUAUCAAUAGAUAAAAACACUGAAACCAAACUUGCAAUUUCCUCAAUUUAGCAGCCUGGUUUUUUUGUUUUGUUUUUGUUUUUGUUUUCCAAAUGGAGUCAGGAAUAAAGUGUGAUAUCAAAUGUUUAAUUAGGAGAUUAAUUUGCAAAAGUGCAUGUUGUUGUCACUGGUGUCAAUGUUUGACAGAAUAGACACUCAUAGUACCACCAAACAAGGAGUAUUAGCAAAACACAUAGCCUGAAAUUACUAAGAACUUGUCCACUUAUGACUAACUUUAGAACAGUCGUAACAUAACAAUGUGAGCUGCUAACAGAUCAGAUAAUUUAUCCUAUAUCUUUUCCUAAAUUAGAAGAUGG